GCCAGUUAGCAGUGCCAGUGCCUCCUUUUGGGCCUUCAUUUCAUCGGCAGCCGGCAGACGGUGAAGACGUAAAGUGUUCUCCACACACACUACUCGCUGAAUCUCAAGAGGCCCGAUUAGGGUCACUUAUCAGCCGGCAGCGAUUAGAUGUGCGAUUAAGUUUGCCCGGGAAAAGCAACUACUACCAAAUUCGAAUAGCAGCACCUGCUCUCACCUCAUCGCAGCAAUGGCCACCCUCGGCGCCUGGGACUACACCAUCCUGGCGGUGGUGAUGAUCAUUUCGGUGGCCAUCGGCAUCUACUAUCGUUUCGUUGGCGGUAAGCAGAGCACAACCACAGAGUACCUGCUGGCGGAUCGUUCCAUGGGCGUGGCCCCAGUAGCCUUCAGUCUCAUGGCAAGCUUCAUGUCAGCCGUAACCAUAUUGGGCGUAUCGAUGGAGAACUAUCAGUACGGCACCAUGUUCGUCCUGAUCAAUCUGUCGUACGUGGUAUCGACACCGGUGGCCGCCUACCUCAUCAUACCGGUCUUCUAUCGCCUGAAAGCGGCCAGCGUUUACGAGUAUCUGCAGCUGCGCUUUGGCUACGCCACCCGACUGGCCGCCUCGCUAAGCUUCUCGCUCCAAAUGAUCCUCUACAUGGGCAUUGUGGUGUAUGCUCCGGCUCUGGCCCUGGAGGCUGUCACCGGACUCAAUCAGGUCUUCUCCAUUGUGAUCGUCGGCGUUGUGUGCACGUUUUACGCUACACUGGGCGGCAUGAAGGCCGUGCUCAUCACCGACAUCUACCAGUCGCUGCUCAUGUUCGCCGCCGUCUUCAGCGUGAUCAUCUGUGCCUGGGUCAAGGCCGGCAGCUUGGAAGAAAUCUGGCGGGUGGCAAAGGAGAACGGACGCAUCGAUUUGACAAACUUUAGUGUGGAUCCGACGGAGCGGCACACUUGGUUCACACAGAUCCUUGGUGGUAGUGCCACAUAUUUGGCCAUCUAUGGCGUCAACCAGACGCAGGUGCAGCGCCUGAUGUCGGUACGAAGUCUGAGUGCCGCCCGAGCGGCUCUCUGGUGGUGCCUUCCCAUUCUGUGCCUGCUGAGCCUUAGCACCUGCUUCUCCGGGCUGUGCAUCUAUUGGUAUUACCGCAAUUGUGAUCCUGUGCUUGAGGGACGCGUCAAUUCCCGCGACCAGGUGAUGCCGCUUUUCGUCGUUGACACCAUGAGCGAAUACACUGGCCUUGCCGGGCUCUUUGUUUCGGGCAUCUUCUGUGCCAGUCUCUCCACCAUCAGCUCGAUCAUCAGCUCGCUGGCGGCCGUCACACUGGAGGAUUACCUCAAACCGGUAGUGCAUCGCUUUGGUAAGCGAACCCUUACGGAUCGCGAGACGUUGUGGCACUCGAAGCUGCUGUCGCUGUUCUUCGGUGCCCUCUGCAUUGGCAUGGCCUUCUUGGCGGGCUCCAUCGGCGGAUUGCUGCAGGCGGCUCUAUCGAUAUUCGGCAUCAUCGGAGGCCCCCUCCUGGGACUCUUUACGCUGGGCAUGUAUGUGACCAAGGCCAAUGAGAAGGGAGCCAUCGGAGGUCUGCUCAUUUCGCUGGCGUUCUGCUUCUGGAUUGGUUUCGGUCAACCAAAACCGGUGCCCCAAAGUCUAGACAUGUCAAUUGCGGGAUGCCCGCUGGACAGGAGCUACGCACAGGACAUCUUCUUCAAAGCUGCAAAAGCGGAGGCCGAGGCGGAGGAAGAACAUUUCUUCUAUCUAUACAGGAUCAGUUAUAUGUGGUAUGCUGCCUUGGGCUUUGUGAUCGCCUUCUUUGGCGGCUGGCUCUUGUCCUGGCUGUUUGCCCUGCUCAACUGGGACAGCAAUCGGCACAUCUACCAGGACGCUGACUGCACGUUGAUUAAGCAUGAUCUCUUUGUACCGCCAAUUGCCAAACGCCUACAGCGACGCCAGAUGCCGCGUCUGGUGAUCACCGCCACCAGCUCGGAGAUUGGCGGCAUAUCGGUAGAUGCCCCACCGCGGCUGGAUGAGAUUGAGUGGGAGAAGCACAAGAAUGUGGCGUAGCAGGCGACAGAGGCUGUAAGCGAAUUCGUAACAGGGAAUGUUGGUCAUGGGCACAAGCAAACCCUGCCUAGUGGACACAUCUUAAAAUAAUAUCAAGUUAUUAGGGAUUUUGUAGUUAUUUCCAUCAUUCCCUAACCAUGACCUAGUCUGCAGGGGACUCCGUUAUAGGUUCAAACACGCCUUCAAUUAUUUUUGGCACAUUUUAUUAAGUGAACUUUGGCUUUAACAUUCCGCCACAAUAAACGAGCUUACUCAUCGUCAUGAUUGUCACCAAA